AUGGCGAUCAAUACAGAAAUAGGUUCAAUAGUGAAAUAUAUGCUUUCAAUGAAAGAAAAGGCAGGGAAAAUAUUUCUGGCUGUAACAGACCCCAGAGACGGAAGGCGAGUCGCCCUCAAGAAAUUACCCAAUGUUUUCCAAUCCCUGGUGUCGUCGAAAAGGGUGUUCCGGGAACUCAAAAUGCUCUGCUUCUUCAAACACGAAAAAAUGUAAGUCCUCUCCGCCCUAGAUAUUCUGCAACCACCUCAUUUAGACUUCUUUCAAGAAAUAUAUGUUAUAACCGAAUUAUUACAGUCAGAUCUUCAUAAAAUCAUUGUCUCACCUCAACAUCUCAGUGCAGAUCACAUUAAAGUAUUUCUGUAUCAAAUAUUGAGAGGCCUGAAAUACCUGCAUUCUGCAAGAAUACUCCACAGAGACAUUAAACCUGGAAAUCUCUUAGUUAAUAGCAAUUGUGUGUUAAAGAUCUGUGAUUUUGGAUUAGCUCGUGUCGAAGAACCCGAUCAGAACAAACAUAUGACUCAAGAAGUGGUGACGCAGUACUAUAGAGCUCCGGAAAUUCUUAUGGGUGCCCGACAUUAUUCGGCAGCCGUUGACGUUUGGAGCGUGGGUUGCAUUUUUGGAGAACUUCUUGGAAGAAGGAUAUUGUUCCAGGCGCAAAGUCCAGUCCAACAGUUGGAGUUGAUUACAGAGCUGCUCGGCACACCAUCGCUGGACGAUAUGCGGUAUGCUUGCGAGGGGGCUCGUUCGCAUAUGCUUCGCAGGGCUCAUAAACCACCUUCAUUGACUGCUUUGUACACCUUGUCCAGUCAAGCCACGCACGAAGUUGUUCACUUAUUAUGUCAAAUGCUUGUUUUCGACCCAGACAAGCGUAUAUCAGUAAACGAUGCAUUGGCACAUCCAUACCUGGACGGUGGACGUUUGCGGUACCACUCCUGCAUGUGCAAAUGCUGUUACACAACCUCGGCAGCCUUAAGGCAAUAUACCACAGAUUUCGAACCAUCAGCCACACAACCUUUUGACGACCUCUGGGAGAAGAAAUUGACAGCCACACAGCAAGUUAAAGAGGAAAUGCACAAAUUCAUCGCAGAGCAACUACAAACAUCAAGAGUUCCUCUUUGCAUUAACCCGCAGAGCUCAGCUUUUAAGAGUUUUGCUAGCUCAACAGUGGCGCAUCCCUCCGAGCAACCACCUUCGAACCAUCAAUGGGACUGACACAGAAACCCGCUGAAGAAUAAUGUGAUUUUGUUCAUUAAAUAAUACCAAGACCUGUUUUAUUCUUCGGUAAGCGAAAUUGAUGGAUUCGAUGUCUAAAUAUUGUGAUCAAUACUCAUAUUUCAAUUAUCAUAUGAGUAUCCAUCACAUUUUG